ACGUUUUUGCUUUUGUCUUUUAUUUCUUGGUUUUUAAAAUAUAAAAUUGUUAUAUUUUACAUUUAUAAUUUUUUUUUAAGUUUUUACCAUUUUUUUUUGCUUUCUGUGUCAAAAUUUUUUUUUGUUUUUUUUUUUCCACUACUAUUCAGUUUAAAUUUACCUAGUCUGAGAAGUAACAGUGCGUUUAUAACUAUGUUUUUUUUUUAAUUUACCUUAACUUGGAUAAUAUAACCGUUUAAAGAAAAAUAUUUAUAAAAUAUCACCGAACAAGAAAGAACUGCGAAACAAAAGAAAAGAAAAAUGCUAAUGUCCAGGAUUGUUAAAACAUGUAUUUUUGUGCUUAUUUUUGUAUUUUUGAUGGAAAAUACGGACGCCGCACAAUCAAAGCGCCGAAGAUUGCGGCGUCCGAGUCAGUCUUCCUUACCUCGGUCAAAUAUUGCAGAAUCAAAAAAAAGUCCUGUUAGACGCGUUUCUGCUACAGUGCUGGCUGAAGAUAGAAUAGAUCAGCAAACUUCUUCCUCUUCUGUAGCAUCAACAUUGGAUGUAUCAUCUUCACAGAGAUUUCGCGUUCGAUCAAAAAAAAGAAAAGAAAAUACAGCAAAGACUGGUGUUAGCACUAUUAAUAAUAAUGACGCAGCUUCUACAUCAAUAUCAAAGUCUAAAAAAAUUAAAAGUGAGGAACAUGAUUCAAGUCAAAAAAUUGUCUGUUACUAUACGAAUUGGUCCCAAUAUCGUCCAAAAAUAGGAAAAUUUUUGCCAGAAGAUAUUCCAAGUGAUCUAUGUACUCAUAUUAUUUUCGCAUUCGGAUGGCUAAAGAAAAAUAAAUUAAGCUCAUUCGAAAGUAAUGAUGAAAAUAAAGAUGGUGUUCCUGGCUUAUAUGAAAGAAUUAUGUUAUUGAAAAAAUCUAACUCAAAGUUAAAGAUAUUGCUCGCUCUGGGGGGAUGGUCUUUUGGGACACAAAAGUUUAAAGAAAUGUCUUCAACUCGUUACGCUCGUCAAACAUUUAUAUACUCAGCAAUACCAUUUUUGCGUAAACGAAACUUUGAUGGUUUGGAUUUAGAUUGGGAAUAUCCAAAAGGAACAGAUGACAAAAAGAACUUCGUAUUGUUACUAAAAGAACUACGAGAAGCGUUUGAAGCAGAAGCACAAGAACAUAAAAAGAUUCGUCUUCUUCUAACAGCGGCUGUGCCAGUUGGACCUGAUAAUAUUCGGGGUGGGUAUGACGUACCAGCUGUUGCAAGUUAUUUGGAUUUUAUUAAUUUGAUGGCAUACGAUUUUCAUGGAAAAUGGGAACGAGAAACAGGACACAAUGCGCCAUUAUAUGCUCCAUCAAGUGACUCCGAAUGGCGAAAACAAUUAUCUGUUGACAAUGCUGCUAAUUUAUGGGUUAAACUGGGUGCACCAAAAGAAAAACUAAUAAUUGGAAUGCCCACUUAUGGUAGAACAUUUACUCUUGCAAAUACGGAUAAAUAUGGACCCAACUCACCAGCAACAGGUGGUGGUAAAGAAGGCAUAUAUACCAAAGAAUCAGGUUUCUUAGCAUACUAUGAAAUUUGCGAAAUUUUGCAUAAUGGAGCCGUUUAUGUUUGGGAUGAUGAAAUGAAAGUUCCUUAUAUGAUAAACGACGAUCAGUGGGUAGGCUUUGACGACGAAAGAUCUAUCAGAAACAAGAUGCAGUGGAUCAAAAAAAAUAAUUUUGGAGGUGCUAUGGUUUGGACGGUCGACAUGGAUGAUUUUAGCGGAUCUAUAUGUGGUAAUGACGUUAAAUUUCCUCUCAUUACUGCAAUGAGAGAAGAGCUUUUAGGAAUAUCAAGAGGAAAAAAUGCUAUGGAUGUUGAUUGGUCAAAGGUUGCUUCCUCAUUUGAUGAAGAGAACAGUGAGGAACCGGUUAUAGAUAAAACUCCUAUAAAAAUAGACGUAUCAGAACUUUUAAGCAGGCACAAAAAGCCGCAGAAAAAGAUCUCUGCACAUACUGCAUCUUCAAAAAAAAAUGUUCGUCCACCUCAAAUAUUUUGUUACAUGACAAGUUGGUCUUCUAAAAGGCCAGGAGUUGGAAAAUUUGAACCCGAAAAUAUCGAUGCGAAUCUUUGCACACAUGUCGUUUACGCUUUUGCUACACUUAAGGACUAUAAGUUAAGUGAAAGUUCAGAUGAUGAUGCAGAUAAUUAUGAAAAAUUGGUAGCUCUACGAGAAAAAAAUCCUGACUUGCAAAUUCUGUUGGCUAUUGGUGGUUGGGCUUUUGGUUCAACACCAUUUAAAGAACUUACAUCAAACGUUUUUCGAAUGAACCAAUUUGUGUACGAAGCUAUUGAAUUUCUUCGCGAUUAUAAAUUUAAUGGGUUAGAUGUUGAUUGGGAAUACCCGCGAGGAAAUGACGAUCGUGUUGCUUAUGUAAAUUUAUUGAGAGAAUUACGUAUUGCAUUUGAAGGAGAAGCUAAAUCAGCAAACUUACCUAGGCUUCUACUAACAGCUGCCGUCCCAGCUUCUUUUGAAGCUAUUGCAGCCGGGUAUGACGUUCCAGAAAUUUCGAAAUAUUUAGAUUUCAUCAACAUAAUGACAUACGAUUUUCAUGGACAAUGGGAAAGAACUGUUGGGCAUAAUUCACCCUUAUUUGCAUUGGAAUCAGCAUCUGGCUAUCAAAAGAAAUUAACUGUUGACUUUAGUGCUAGAGAAUGGGUUAAACAAGGCGCACCAAAAGAAAAACUUUUGAUUGGUAUGCCCACGUACGGAAGGUCUUUUGAGUUAGUAAAUAAAACUCAAUUCGAUAUAGGGUCACCAGCAUCCGGUGGUGGCCGAGCCGGUAAAUUUACUAACGAAGCAGGCUUUUUGAGCUACUAUGAAAUUUGCACGUUUUUGGCCGGUGAAAAUACGACAUUGGUAUGGGACUCGGAACAACAAGUACCAUUUGCUUACAGAAAUAAUCAGUGGGUUGGUUUCGAUGACGAAAGGUCGUUAAAAACAAAAAUCGAAUGGUUGAAAGACAAUGGAUUUGGAGGGAUCAUGGUAUGGUCUGUCGAUAUGGAUGAUUUUUCAGGUCGUUGUGGAAUUGGAAAAUAUCCCUUGUUAAACGCAUUAAAUGAUGAAUUAAAAAAUUAUGUAGUUCAUUUAACAUACGAUGGACCAUAUGAAUCUAAUGGACCACAAGGGCGAUAUACAACAAAAGAUCCGAAUGAAGUAUCAUGCGCUGAAGAAGAUGGUCAUAUUAGUUAUCAUCCAGAUAAGUUGGAUUGUACUCAUUAUUAUAUGUGCGAAGGAGAAAGAAAACAUCAUAUGCCAUGUCCCGCAAAUUUAGUUUUCAAUCCGAACGAAAAUGUAUGUGAUUGGCCUGAAAAUGUUGAAAGUUGUCAACAUCACACACCAAAACCACCAACAAAAUAAAUUGAUAAAAUAUUCUGAUUUUAAUACGUCUACAAACUAGUUAAAUAUUUUUUUUAAUUUUAAUUUUAAAAUCAAAAUCUUUGGAAAUUAUGUAGAAAAACAAGGGUUUUAUUUUAAAAAAAAUGAAACAAGAUAUAUAUACAUACAUACAUAUGUACUUCAAUUUAUUACUCAUGAAUCACGUAGCAAACGGUUUUUCAAUACUGCCAAUAACUUGAUUAGAUAAAAUAUUUAUGUAUAUAAUAAAGCUUAUUUUUAAUUAUUAAUUUAAAAUUUUUAAAACGGCGAAAUGUCGAACAAUAAAUUUGGAAAAAAAAUAAUAUUACAUUUUUAUAGAUAUCUGUGUUUAUGUAAAUAUUUACUACAAAGUGAAAUUAUAAAAACUUUAAAUGCAGAAAUGGGGAUUCGGUAAAAUUAUGAAAAGAUGCCGAAUAACAUGUGAUUUUUGAUAUAAGAAAUAAAAUAUAGAAUACAAAUUAUAUAUACUUAUAAAGUAUAUUUGUUUAUAGUUUUAUAACGUUUAAUAUGGGAAUUAGUUUACAUUUAUAUACAAAUGCCGUUAAAUUUAUUAUCAAAUUUUCUACAGUUUACUUUUUCAUGCAAGAUUUUCAGGGUUAUCAAAAAUACGAGUAUUAGAACAAAAAAAUAAAAGUUAUAAUGCUUAAUAUAACUACAUGAAAUGUUUUAAAAUUGAUAUCUUACAGCGACAUAAAUACAUUAUGCAUAUAUACUUACCAAAGUGAAAAUUAUUUAUGUACACAAUCUCUGAAAUUGGGAACAUCUUUUUAAUUUUGAGGGCUGAUUCUGUUUCCUAAAAAGCAUGAGAGGCCUAUUGGAUUCUAUUUGUAGGUUUUUUCAAAUGCUCCUCGAAUCCAAAAUUUCUUGUAGAAGAAACCUGCAACUCAAGAUUCUUAAACAGCUUUAUUUCCCUGUUUCUGUUGGGAUUUCCACCCUUUUGCUAAUAAUUGAUGUACUUCUUUUGUUAAAAGAUAUUUUUAAAUUUUUCUUCCAGAGUAUGGUACUGCUAAUUAUUGAAGUUUUAAACUUUUUCUCAAAGUUUUUUACGUAAGUAAGUCUUUUUUACAGGAGUCUUUGAAGAUAAAUAGCUCGAGAAGGAGGAAAUUUGAAUUUAAGAACAAAUAAAGUGUUUUCUAAUAAAGUAAAAUUUUAACCGACAUCUAUAAACUGUAUAAAUUUCUGCCUUGUAGCAACAAAAAUCGCUCCGAAAAUGAUUGAUAGUUUAAGAUAACGGUUAUUUUGUAGAAUUCCAUCGAAGUCGAUGACAUGCGUUAUUAAUUUUUCAUGAUAGAAGUAAUUCCUGGAUUCUGUGUAAUCGCUCAAACAUAGUUACUUUUUCUUUUAAAUUUUUGGAUGUCUGCCUUUUGGAUAUCUUUGGAUGCGUUUAUAUUUGUUUAUCAUUAUAAUUUAGUUUAUAUUUGUUUAUCAUAUAUUAUAAUGAUCUAUUAAAAUAAAACGCAAAAAGCUAUUUUCUUUUUGUAAAUCUAUAAAUAUAUUUAAUUGAAAUCAAAGUGCUUGAAUUUUUCGAUUUAAAACUUAAAGAGUAUAAAUAAUUUUAAAUAGACGUUUUUGUAGUUAUUUUUUAAAAUAUUUAUCAGACGAUUUGC